AUGUGGCUGUUUCCUCUAGCUGCGGCCCGCCGCGCUCGCCGCUCCGAGUUGCAGAAGACACAGGCAAACGGUGCCACUUCUGCCGCUUUUCUGGGUGUUUCUGCUCCCUCUGUGUCUUGUCCUAGGACUGUAGCCUCAGUAGGAGGCGCAUCGGGAGGGCAUGGCGGCGUAGUAUGGCCAUUGGGCGUCCCUGUAUGCCCCUUUGUGGCUGGCAACAGUCCUGCAGUGGCUUCGGCGACUGCAGAGAUCUACGCCUUCCUAUCCACACUUCCACUGGAUGUUAACAGCAGCACACUUGGCCCCGGACUGGUUGUUACGAAAACACCGGGGCGGCUAUUUGUUGGCACCUUGGCGCAUGCCCUGGACGAGACUCUUCUGCAAUCCCUCAGCAUCGGCAUCGUCCUUACUGCAGCUUGGCCCUUUGGCUCGUGGCCUUGCAGGCAGAGGGAGCUCUACAAAAAGCUGGGAAUCUUACAUUAUGUGCAUCCUCUUUUGGACGAUCCAUCUCAGGGGGCUGAGGGAGGAGGCAUUUCCUCCUGGGGGUCGAAGGGCUUACUGAGAGAACGCUGGGCUCUUCGCUUUUUUGAACAUGCUCGCGAGAAACAAUGGCCCAUGUUGGGGAUUUCCGUGUCUGCGCGUCUGCAUGCGGGAGGCAUCUGCCCGCGCGGACUCUUGGAUCUAAAUCGACCGUCCCUAAGCGGUUUGUGGAUUUUCGCUUUUCUUGUUCCUUUGCUGCAGCUUCUUCGUUUUGAUAAUUUAUCCCUUGGUUCCGUCAGGGAAGCCCUCAUGAGAGGCACCAACGUCUUUAUCCACUGCGAAAAAGGGAUAUCCCGUUCCGUCGCGGUUUGCAUGGCCUAUUUGAUUAUGUAUGAGGGUCACUCUUUCCGGUCAUCUUAUCUCACCAUUCGUCGUUACAGACCCAUUGCGAGGCCUAACAUCGGCUUCAUUCACCAGCUCUUGGAUCUGGAGGCUCAGAUUGGAUCUUCCGAAAGCAUGCUUCAUGAUCGGCAUCGCCGCCCCUCUCAGGGCGGAGCUCCUGCCCUGACUAAUGAGCAGCGAGAAGCAGCCCUCUUUGGCAAAUCGGAAAAAGGUGAAACAGGGGCUUCCCCAAGCAACAACUCCCCAGAUCGCGUUCCUCCUCAUGGCCAAAAUCCCGCCUACAGCAAAGCUCAUUCCAGGCAGGCAGCGGCCGCUGCUGGUCGUUCGGGCGUAGCUGUGGAUCCAAUGCCCCAAGCAAUUGAGCGUACCGCCGUGCAGCGGACCGUUCAGGGAGUCAUGGUGCUCUGCCACAAUGCAAGCACCACUGGAGGCAGCACGCUGUCCGGGCAAGUCGUUGUUCCUACUGCUAGAGGCACACUCAUGGAGGAUGAGUGGCGGCAUCUAGCCGCAGUGGGGUCCCAUGCGCUCUCCGAACCCCUUGCCUUUAGCGCAGAAGCAGCAGCAACAUCAUCUGCUGCUGCUCCACCAACCGCGGUAACAAAGGGGUUGCUACCGAAACGCCCAUGUUGGGGCAGCCACAGCUGCCGUCGCUUUCGUCGCUGUUUUUCCUGUGCUGCAGCAACAACAGCGAUGGUUCCUGUCUCUGUACUUCCUCAAAUUCAGGGUAUGAGACAGUAUGGCAACACCGCCUUUGGCCUACCCACUGGAGCCCUACGUUAUACUAGUCGAUUGGAGUGCCCUGGCACUGCCGGUGACCCUGUAUGUUAG